UGGAAGAUGUGUGGAUCUUUGCUGUGAAGAAUUCACCAUGAUCCGACUGCUGGGGGUCGGAUUGUUGCUGUGGUUGUGGCUGGCCUGUCAGACACACUGUUGCUCGGAGCUGCUCACCAACAGUUGUGUCUGCAUUGAGGAGAGGUCCAAGGCACCCACUUAUCCUCAGAUGCGGAGGAAGGUGAUCUGCAGCAAGAAGGAGCUGGUGGACAUCCCGCAGCCCAGCAUUCUGCCCAACAGGACUGUGCAUCUAAUACUGAGCAAUAACAAGAUCAUAAAGCUGAAGACUGGUGCAUUCGCUGGAUUUCAGGCACUUGAAAAACUAGACCUGAAGAAUAAUCUGAUCAGUACCAUCCAACCUGGGGCUUUCCGUGGGCUUCCAUUCCUGAAACGGCUAGACCUCUCCAAUAACAGAAUCGGAUGCCUGAACCCUGCCAUGUUUCAGAGCCUAACAAGUCUGACUAAAUUGAAUCUGUCAGGGAACAUCUUCUCCACCCUCCAUUCAGACCUCUUUGGUGCCUUGGUUUCUCUUAAAGCUGUUGACUUCAACACUGAGUUCCUGAUAUGUGACUGUAACAUGCGGUGGGUGCUAAACUGGAAGAAAAACAGUUCAGUGCGAAUCACAGAGGAGACCAUCUGCGCUUAUCCAAAAACACUGAGGGGACAACUUGUCAAAGAUUUGAAGGAAAGCCAAUUGGUUUGUGACGGACCUCUAGAGCUGCCAAUUCUGCAGUUGAUUCCUUCCCUUCGGCAAGUGGUAUUCCAGGGUGAUCGGCUGCCAUUCCUGUGCACUGCUACAUAUCUGGACAAUAGCACCAGGGUCCUCUGGUACCACAACAACAUCCCUGUGCAGCAGGAGGAAGAGGACGGCGUGAUCAUUGUAGACAGCUUGAUUCACGACUGCUCCCUGAUAUCCAGUGAACUGAUUCUCUCAAACAUUUACCUGCUUGCCAGUGGAGAAUGGGAAUGUGUCAUCACAACAUCGCGUGGGAACGCUUCCAGGAAAGUGGACAUUGUGGUUAUAGACACAUCUGCAACAUAUUGCCAGGCUGAACGGGUCACUAACAACAGAGGGGACUUCAGGUGGCCGCGCACUUUGGCAGGGGUCACUGCCCACCAGCCCUGCCUGCAGUAUCCUUAUUCCUCUGCCUCACUGAAUGGAGCGUCACUGGAGAAAAAAACUUUCCGCAAGUGUCAGCGCUCGGGUCAGUGGGAAGAAGCUGAUUACUCCCAGUGUCUCUACACCAACGACUAUACCAGGGUCCUGCACACCUUCAUCCUGAUGCCCAUUAAUAGCACCAAUGCACUCACCCUUGCUCGGCAAUUGCUUGACUACACUAUCGAGGCAGCCAAUUUCCUGGAUAUGAUGGAUGUGAUUUAUGUUGCUCAGAUGAUGGAGAAAUUCAUCGGCUUCACAGAUGAGAUCCAUGAUCUGGGAGAUCUAAUUGUGGAAAUGGCCAGUAACAUGAUGCUGGUGGAUGAGCACAUUCUCUGGAUGGCCCAGAAGGAGAAUGCAGCAUGUACCAGGAUUGUCCAAUCAGUGGAGCGCAUUGCCAGCCUCACCUUGACAUCUAAUUCACAAGCCAUCACCAAGGUUUCUGGAAACAUUGCCCUGGAGGCGUUCCUGGUCAAGCCAGCUGGAUAUAUGGGAUUGAGCUGCACGGCAUUCCAGAGGAAGCAUCAGUUCACCAACAUUGACAGACAGGCUGAAGGGACUGAACCCCAACUUAGCUUCCGCUGUAGCACUGGCAAUCUCAACAGCUCUUUGAAAAACUUCCCCAUCAAGAAUAGUAUUGCCCUGGCAUCAGUCCAGCUGCCUCCUUCUCUCUUUUCCCGCUUGCCCACAGCCCCAGUUCUUGCCAACUCCAGUUGCCAACUGCAGUUUGUGGUGUUCCGCAAUGGGAAGCUCUUCCCCAGUACUGGCAACUCCUCCAACCUCGCCGACAAGGGGAAAAAAAGGAGCGUCUCGACACCCGUCAUCUUCACCGGAACAGAUGGUUGCGGAGUGAACGAGGCCACCGAUCCCAUCCUGGUCUCCCUGCGUCACUGGCAGUUGGGUGAGGACCAGGUGGCAGCGCAUUGGAACUUUGACCUCCUCGACGGCUUUGGAGGCUGGCAGGCAGAAGGAUGCCAAAUAGCGCACGCCAAAGUUAAUAUCACCACCAUGUGGUGCCACAAGUUCAGUAACGUCGCUGUACUGAAGAAAACGAGUAACCAGCCUGCUCCAGUUCAUGGAAACAUGCAGGUUCUACACCCUAUUAUCUACACCUGCACUGUUGUUCUCUUACUCUGCCUGUUCACCGCCAUCAUCACGUACAUCCUAAAGCACAACACGAUCCAAAUUUCCAGGAAGAAUUGGCACAUGUUGCUGAACCUCUGGUUUCACAUCUCUAUGACCUGUGCUGUGUUCGCUGGGGGCAUCAAUCGUACAGAGUAUGGACUGAUCUGCCAAGUGAUUGGAAUUGUUCUACAUUACUCAUCCCUUUCCACCCUACUCUGGAUUGGAGUAUCGGCAAGAGUCAUUUACAAGGAAGUGACACAGAAGGUGCAUCGACAGCAGGAACUUGAGUUGCCUCCACCAGCCCAGCGCCCAAUGCUCAGGUUUUAUCUCAUUGCUGGAGGCAUUCCCCUCAUUAUAUGUGGGAUCACUGCAGCGGUCAAUCUGCACAAUUACAGCGACUACAGUCCUUACUGUUGGUUGGCCUGGAAGCCAAGCCUGGGGGCGUUCUAUGUGCCAGCAGGAUUCACGGUGCUCGUCAGCUGGAUUUACUUCCUGUGCACUGCCCUGCAUCUUCGGUGCUACCCACGAAGCAAGGAUGAAGGUCAAGGGUUGCCGGAGGGUGACCAGCACCUGGGGGUCAAUGGCAUCCACCUAACUGACUCGGGAUCAGCCUCCUGCGGCUCUGGGAGUCCUUCGCUGGCCACUGAGAAUGAAUAUUCCUUGGAAGCUCAGCUCUGGGCGCUGAUAUCCACCCAGUUCCUCUUUGUUGCCCUUUGGACUUUCGGGGCCCUCUCUGUCUCCCAGGGACAGUCUUUCAACGUCUUGUUCAGCUGCCUGUAUGGAGUGGCAGCAGUCGGGCUGGGCCUCUUAGUGUUGAUCCACCAUUGCCUCAAGCGCCAGGAUGUCUGCAGGCCCUGGUUACCCUGUACACGAUCUCAGAGCCACUCAGCUGCUCCAGGUGCUGCUGGGAGCAUGGGGCCUCAGCUGUGGCUGCCAGGCUGGAAUGCUGAGAUCCCGCACACCAAUAAGUCUUCCACGCUCGGCAGCAACUACUCAGGUGCUGGGCAGUGCAAGGUGACCAACCUGCAGGCAGCCCUGAACCAAAAGGACUACACCAGCCCCAAAACGCCGUCACUCUGUGGUGAGCCAGAGCAGGACACAAAGGAGGUCCAACCAUGUGGGAAUAGCGUGCCAGCGGGCAGCCGCAACCACAAAACCAGGACUAAGCCGCACCGGGACAGCAAGCAUCAUCGGUUAAAAGCACUGAAGGGGGCUGCCUCGGAGGCAGCCUCCAGCGAGAAUGGUAGCCAGCCAGAGAGCUGCCCAAGUAGUCAUGCCAGUCAGCUGAGCAGCAGUGGCACAGGGAGAGGGCUUGGUGAGCUGGAGGCCAGCAUGACCCCUUCCGAGGGGAGUGACAGUAGCAGCCAGCCCCAAGGCUGCAGCAGGGGGCUGCAAUGCAGUAUCAGUCGGGACAACUUGAAGCAACCCAGUCCCUUCGAGAAAGAGGUCAAGAGAAGAUCUUACCCAUUGAACAUGGCCAAUCAAAAUGGUGCGCUAAAGGGGAGCAAGUAUGAUAUCAGUCUCUUUGGCACUGAUGGAAACCCCUCUAUAAACACCAGCUUGUGGAAGAGCGAAACUACUGUGUAGUUCAUUUCUACACUCGAGAGAGAUGUUUCCAAACUAAUAUUUAACCAAAGCAAGGCUCUCAUUCUGGAGUAAAACAGAAUUACUUAAAAGAAAAAAUGCACCAAAACAAGCUGUAUUUGUAACAAGCUCUUUAUUUAACCAGCAAAGACUAUGGGGUGAGGGGCCUGCCCAGGCUUGGGGCCCCCUUGCUCCAGUUAUCUUUCACAAUCACUUUAUAAUCUUUUAUAUUCGAUGAGUUCACUGAAAGAAAUGCUGAAUGAAUGUCUGAGUAUCUGAGUGGUUGGCCUGCUCAAACAAACUCCAGCAGAAGAUUGAAGUCCAAUGAAAGCAGAACCUGAGCAGAACAGGAAUGGUUCCCAUUUUUUUCAGAGAUAGUGCAAGUAAAGGUGUGGUGUAAAAGUUCUGUAUUCCCCUGACUGAAAUGAGAGCUUUAUGUACUGUUCAGAGGGAUACGGUCAGGAACAUAUGAUGGGUGGCAGAGAAUGAGGCUGAAGCUUGAAGCUUUUGGUUCCUUUCUGGCAGCUGGGGUGACUGCACGUCUUUGAGACCAGUGUCUCAUUUAUCCCAGUGAAUCUCUCUCCAGAAUGGGUCUUCAACCCAUUUACAUUUCAUGUUAGUCCACAUCUCGAUCACACUUGGGGGUGAAAACAUUCCUCUCCCCAAAAUUCUUUCUUACCCCUAACUUCCCCAUCCAAACCUGCAUUCUCUGAGGUCUUGUGCCUUCAUAUCAGCCAAAGACUAAUUUAGAUCAGUUUUGAUCACUUUUAAUUAGGUGGAUCCCCUCCCCCCACACACACUAACGCUACGACUCAACUCACUUUGAAAUUCAUCAGUCAACUGCCAGCAAUAUGCUGUCAGAGAUAGCGAGGGUCCAAGGGAUCAUGAAUUGCAAAGUUCUCUCUUUUCCGAGUAGAAUACAGCGAUAGAGAGAGAUGAGAGAAGAUGACAUCAGUAUAGACCUGGCAGGCCAAACAGCCCUUUUCCCUGUGCUGUAAAUUCUGUGUCUAAAAAGACUAGCAGUUUUAGUAAACAUUCUGUGUAAUUAAAGUUCCUUAGAUCUGUUCCCACCUGUAACAUAUUGAAGUAUGGAGUGAGAUGGUGGUGUAGUGGUAUUGUCACUGAACUGGUAAUCCAGCAGCGCAUGCUCUAGAGACAUGAGUACAAAUCCCACCACGACAGCUGGUGGAAUUUAAAUUUAGUUAAUAAAAUCUGGAAUAUAAAUCAAGUCUCAGUAAUGGUGACCAUGAAACUACCAUUUAACUUUAAAAAUUCCAUCACUUUAGGGAAGGGAAUUUCCCAUCCUUAAGUCUAUAGGUGACUCCAAACCCACAACAAUAUGAUUGAUUCUGAACUGCCCACUGAAAUGGGCAAACCACUCAGUUCAAGGGCAAUUUAGGAUGGGCAACAAAUGCUGUCUUUGCUGGCAAUGGAAACAGCUGAGGUACAGCCACAUACUAAGGCAAUCUAUACCCGUUUGGUGCACUUCAGACCUGUCUUGUUUUUUUGCAGUUCCUUAUUCCCUUAGUAAGUCUCCUUGCACUACUAUCCUGCCCAUGGUAUGUUCAAGGUGCCUCUCCCAGUCCCACAUUGCUGAUCUCCCAGCUCUAUUUCCCAGAGGAGAUGUGCAUCUCCUGCACACCAAAUGGAACAGCUCUCUCCCACACAAGUGCAAAAGACCAACGUGUCCCUCUCUCCUCUAUUAAACAAGCUACUUUAGUCCAGAUUCCAGUUUCAGCAUCAAAGGGGUCAGCUACACUGAGACGGUGCUCUGAUUUAGCACCCCAUGUAUCCAGUACACUCAUGCUCUGAUUUCAGUGAAAUACAGUACGAUUCACUUCUCUCUAAUCAUUCACUGCUCCCAUUAUUUAACAAAGGUUUCUUUGCUGUCUGUGAUCCGAGGUGAUUCCAGUAUUACCUGAAUAAUUUCUAAUUCUCCGGUGGUUUAGUGUCACAGAGUUGCCUCAGGUUGGCAAUUCUCUGACUCCGGAUGUCAACACUGAACUGGCCUCAAUGCAAAGCCAAUUGGUCCUGAAAAUGACUGGUACAGGAGUGUGCAAAAUGUGCAUAACUGACCAGGACUGUAACCCAUUGGUUAACCUUAGCCUUACCAACAGCCUCUGUUUGCUCAUCCAGUCUUAAGCCAAUGCUCUUCUGUUAACCAGCAACCAAUCAUUGAGCUGCACUUGGACCUGUCACGCAACUUCUUAGCCAGUCAUAUUUUAAAAUACCUUGAUGGGAUCAAAUUCUGACAUUGUCUUUCCUUGUUUGAUUUGUUUUUAUUUCCAGGAUUUUUCCUUAUCCUGUUAACCAAAGGGAACCGCCCUCCCUCCACCCCAUCUCGCUGUUUGUAUAUUGCUAUCAGAUAUUGAUUGAUAAUAUAUUGAUAUAUACUGUUCUGAUAGCAAUAUAGAAAGGGCUUCUGCUUAAUAAAAAUCAGGAGGGAGCUGCUGAUGCACUUCACUAAUGAAUGACUUGUCUGCUGCACUAAUCCCAAAAUACCCGACCUCUUUUACCAGGGUUAGACUGUACCAUUCAGAAACUUUGCACUCAUAGCACAGCUUCUUUCCCUGUGGCCAUUUUGCCUUAGAAUAUUAUUCUUCUACAAGUGCCAAAGAGAUAUAUAAAUCUUACUGAGACAUAGAUUAAGAAUGAGAACUGUGCAUGUUGAUUUAAAAUGCAUCUAUGACAUAAUCCCUUUUUGUGUUCAAUGAGUUGUACAAAAUUGUCUAUAAAAGGUUUAGCGAAGUGGUGCAAACAAUCCUGGCACCAGAUUCAUCCGUCAAUGCACCUUCUGGCUCGAUGCCAUUCUUCUCUUAGUUCAAUGCCAUUCUUGUGUUAUGGUUCUGAGGUUGUGAUACUAGCCCAGGAAAUCUGAUCGAGUUUUUGCUGAUGGGUGUCCUGCCCUUUGAAGUCCAUUCCCAUCAGCACAAUGUUCUGAGAUGUUGAAGUAGGUGCACAUGAUGCAGGGAGGGGAUCUGAGUGAGGCUGUGUGCUUACUCGGAUUGACAAGACUCCAGGAUUUACCUGAAAUCGGCAGCAAUUGAAAAUUAAUCUCCAGGACACUGCUAGGAGCAAAAUACAAGAGAACAGCCUGGUGGCAAUUGGACAACUAUUUUUUCAUUUCUUUAAAUGCUUUUGUUUAUUAAUUAUAAAAAAUAUUGAAGAUGGGAAAAAAGUAGGCUGUUUGACUAAGAGUCAAGAAUGAUCUAAUCGUGUAAUGGAACAUAUGUACACUUUCUGAAUUGGCUGUGAGAUGGCAAGGUGGCUUGAGGAUGAACAUGUUGGGUGAAUGAUAGUGGGAGUGUGAAGAUGAGGCAGUGAGAGGUGGGAAAUCUCCAGGAAUAGAUGCAAACGCAGUUAACAACCCUAGUCCUGAAUGCCUGAAUAUGUCGUGGACUCCUACCUCACUCCACAGAGUCUUCCCACAGACCCAAAGUACUAGCUUGGAACAAGAGUGUGUUAUAAAUGUAAUGUCGAGCGUUUUGUUUAACUCAAACAAUGACCUGGCUCCUGCUCGCUGCUGAAUAGAGGAGGAGGGUGAGCGGGAGUAUGGGUGGCAUUUCCUGAUUGCCCUGCACCAUGUACAUUCUGCCAUUUUCCUGUCAAUGGCUGUCGCUGUGGACAGCAAGGCAAACGCCACUUUUUGAUGAGCCACCUAUUGUGUCUUGCAAGGUCUCAGAAAUUCCUGUGUCUUAUAAUUCAGGGUCAUGGAGAGGAUUUUUUGCUGGAGGGAGCAGAGUUUGGCUAGUUUGUUGCCCUGUUAAUAGGCAUGCAAGAGUUUCUGGGAUUGUGGUGGUUUGACAACUUAGAGGAAUUAAAGCCAUUUUUCAGCCGAGUGUUCUGACCAACACUGCUUCAUUCAGGUGACAAUCACAAUUCAGGGUUUGAAUGUACAAUCCUGGCUUCAUUUGCUUUAUUUAUAAUCAUUUAUUUCCAUUUUAUUUUCAUUGAGAACCCUCUCAAUAUUGUAA